AUGUUUCAACUAGUUUAUGAACUUUUGGAUUGGUUUCUCCAAAUUGUGGUUGAUAUAUUCUUCAGGGAAGUAUCCAUCAGAGGUUCCUUUAACUUUCCUUCUUCUGGCCCAACAAUUGUUGUGAUUGCGCCACAUGCUAAUCAAUACUUGGAUGCCGCAAUUUCGGUGCUGUCUGCUAAAGUUGUUUCCAAUAGGCAGGUUUUCAUGAUUGAAGCUGCUUCGUCCUAUAGGAAUUCAUGGAUGAGUCUUUGGAGUAAAUGGUCUGGCGCUAUACCUGUGGAGAGACCACAAGAUUUGCUGGCGCCAAAAGACGGAAUCAUCAGAUUCGCAAAUUAUCCAACUGAUCAGUUGACAAUCGUGGGAGAGAACACACAUUUCCUGAGAGAUUGUGGUCCCAAGGGCUUGAUUGGGUUGCCGAACAAAGCUGGUAAUGUUAAAAUUGCCCAAAUUGUUAGUGAUACCAAAUUGGUUUUGGCCAGUAAAAUGAAGAAACAGGCGGGAAUUGAGUUGCUUUUGAAGGGAACUACCUAUAUGUUUGCCCCAAGAAUUGACAAUUCUCAAUUGUUUGAAAAAGUGUUUGAUGCAUUGAAGGAAGGAACGUGUAUUGGGAUCGCCCCAGAAGGAGGAUCUCACGACCGUCCAGAAUUACUGGAAUUUAAACCGGGUGUUGCACUAAUGGCGCUAGGGGCAGUGGCGAAAUAUUCCGACAUAAAUGUUACAAUCGUUCCAUGUGGUUUGAAUUAUUUUCAUCCUCAUAAGUUCAGAUCUAGAGCAGUUGUUGAAUAUGGAACUCCAAUUGUCGUUGGCCAAGAGAGGGUUCAAUCAUACAAAAAUGAUUCCAGGAAGGCAGUAUCUGAUCUAAUGGCCGAAAUAACAGCUGCCAUGAAUCUUGUCACUACUCAGGCUCCAGAUUAUGAAACUUUACAAGUCAUUCAGGCUGUCCGCCGUUUAUAUUCGUAUGGCCGAUUUCAUCGACCACCACUCCCUGUUGUUGUUGAAAUGAAUAGAAAUUUGCUUAUAGGAUACAAGGAGUUCAAAGAUGAUCCAAAGGUUAUCCACUUGAGGGAUUCCGUAUUAGAUUACAACCACAAGCUUAGAACAUUUGGACUCAAGGAUCACCAGCUAGAGGAUGCGUCUCUCAACAAAUUACAGACUUUCCAGUUAUUGAUAAAAAGAGUCUGUUUGCUACUAUUUUAUGGUGUAUUGAGUUUACCAGGCACCAUUCUCUUUUCACCAAUUUUCAUUACCUGUUCAGUCAUGUCUAAAAAGAAACAAAAAAUAGCAUUGUCCAAAUCAGUAGUCAAGAUUAAUGCCACUGACGUCUUAGCAUCAUGGAAAGUAUUAAUUGCUUUAUUUUUUGCACCUGUUUGUUAUUUUAUUUAUUCUGUUACCAGUGUUUUGUUAAUAAUUCACUAUGAAUUGCUCCCGGACACAACUAGAUCUUUCUCAGGAAAGAUUCUCAUAUUUUGUGUGUCAUGGGCAGUUUUGGUUUGUACAACUUACUCGGCUUUUAAAAUGGGAGAAGUAGGAAUGGAUAUCUACAAAUCAAUUUUACCCUUAGUUCUUUUCCUUUCACCAUUCUCCCAGCAAUUAGUAAAGUUAAAGGAAGAGCGGAAGAAUCUCUCCAUAGAAGUUACAGAAUUGAUUAACGAGCUUGGGCCAAAAGUGUUCAAAAAAUUCAAUGAAACUUUUAUUGAUGAUUUGAAGGAGCAAGUUGAGCAAGAAGAAGAAGAAAUCAGAUCAAAUUCUAGAUCCAGGUCUACCUCUAGAUCUAGAUCAGCUUCAAGAUCCAGAUCAUCAUCCAAGUUAAGAUUAAUACAAAACUCUGGUUCGCUGCACAAUCCUACCCCGUCCUUAAGUAGAACAAGCUCCAACUACUCUGGAUUUUCAAACUUUGACGGAUCAGACGACCAUGGCAAACUUCCUGAUUUUAGCCAUGUUUCUAUCUUCUCUGAUCAGUUGCAAAUGCCAGAUUCAGAAACUUCUGCUACAUCAAGUUUUGAAAAUAUUUCAUCUUUUAAUGAAGCUUUAUCAACUGGCGUUGAAACGAGUAGCUUAACCGAAAAAAUAAAAAAAGCUGUUAUACAAAGGAACCUUGAAAGUGAAAGUCAAGAAAAGUGA